AUGAACAGCAGGACGAAGGCAACCCCGCCACCUUUGGUGGAAAGCGAGGAGGUACAAAUAGAGAGUUUUGGUCGACACCUCUUCGAUAUGUUUAACAAAAAUGUUCGGCCUUCUAUUUUUGACCUACAACUUCGGUACUAUGGCGACUACCUGCACCAUUUUGGGUUUUCCAUCGAGAAGGAAAUGAGACGACAACAACAACCGUCGUUUGCACCAAGUCCAACGAAUGGAAAUGGUGUUCAACAUUUACACCAAUCCCGCAAUGGUUACCACCACAACACUCUGACUCCUGGAAUGUAUGAUGUCGGGGCAUCCGUUGAUGAUCUUGUUGCCGAUGCUGGAUGGGAUAUUGGCAAGGAGGAGCGGGAGGAGGCGGAUGCGCAGGCCCGAUCGGUUGGACCAAUGGAGGGAUGUACAAAGCUAGAGGAGGUGGUAGCGAAAAUUGUGGAACCAUAUAUGCAAACCUCAUGGCGACAGAAUGCUACCCAGUGUGCGAUGAAAAAGAUGCGGGCGAUUUACUACUGGUUAUGCGAGAAUAUGACGGUGGAACUGCCCUCCCCCAACGCUGGGGGUGAAGAGACUACGAAUGCCAACACCAACAACAAUGCCAAUAGCCAUAAUGUUAAUACCAAAGCGGGUAAUGCUGCGGCUGGCGGUGGGAGGCGGUCGGCGGGGCGGGGAGGCGGACGGCGGCCCGCAGCGGGGGACCCUCCGCCACCGGCACCCCCGCCGGCCGACCCCCACGUCGCCGCCCUCGAGCGCCGCACGGCCGAUCCCACCACCCUCGCAGGACUUUACGUCGCUUUUCUGCGAGCCGCUGGGGUGGCGGCCGAAGUGGUCGCAGGAUAUCUACGCGGCCGCGCCCCGGGCGAAGUGUUCCCGUGGGCCUGGAACGUUGUCCACAUCCCACACAACGAGCCGGCGGUGCGACGCUAUCUCGUUGAUGUUGCCCUCUCAGCCUACAACGGGCCACUGCGCCCCGUCACGCUAGCGAAGGACACGGCAGAGGAGCCAGAACAGGCCAAGACAACCGCCCCGAAAGAGACAUCGGCACCAAGGUCUAAGCGAACCGGUACUAUUCAGGAAGAGAAACCAAAGCGGGGUUUGUUAGAGGGACCCACCCUCCUUACUUCUGUGACUCAGACAAAACACAUUGAGAGCUUUUACUUCAACACGCAUCCAGAGGAAUUCUGUGCCACACAUUUGCCUAAUGAUGGACGUCAUACUUUGUUAAUGUCAGCGCCUAGAAAAGUUCAGUGGGAAAACGCACCUUGUCUUACCCAUACUUUCUUUCGUUUCCCAUUAGCGUUAUCUUCUCAUCGGCGCCGCUGUAAUUUCACCGCACGCUCUACGCCUUUUUAUGUUGGUCUUGUUAAUAAUAAACCAGAAGGGACUGAACUGUGUUGCGUCCUAUUUCGAGGUCCCCUCAGUGAGCUACCAGAGGACUGUAGUACAGCUACAUCAAUUGGACCACAAUGGGUUUGGCAUCAACGUGAAGAGGCUACCGGAUGUGAAACUUUUACAAUGAUGGUACCGGAAGCUGGAUACUACAGUAUAAUUAUUGGUGCGAGACGUAUACGUAAAGAUCCAUACAGCACUGUCAUAGCUGAUGAACCAUUUCUUCCUGUUGUGGCAUAUCAAGUAUUGGUGACAUUUGUACCUUGUCAAUUUCCACAGCUUCCAAGACAAAUUUUUGGUCCCUCUGUUUGCAAACUUUUCGCUCCUCUUACUCAUCAAGUUUCUGAGGGUAAAACUCAAUUUAUAGUGAUGCCAUCGUGUGCAAACGUGGCGAGUGUAGCGGUGGUUUCUAAACGCCCAAGUGAUGGUUCUCGGGAAUUGCUUGGGUUUUUACCUUUUGUUGAUAAAUGUGUGGCGUACAUUGGUGAUGUAACAUUAGUUAGUGGCACAGAGGUGGAACUAUGGAUGCUAUACGCUGCCCCAGAUCACAACUACGUGAACGCAGCAAAUCUUCCUCAUAUGUUGACAUCCUUUCAACCAAAUGUCUCACCCGCUCAUUCUGAUGAAGAUGGAAAUCGUGAUGCAAUACAGCAAUUAACAACACCUCAUACUUCACGAUGUGAUUUGUUAUUCGUACCCGUUGUAAUGCGGAUCGAAGUGAAAAAGAUGAUUGCAGCCCUCAAAGGACCUGCUUACAUUCAGCCACAGCCAUCCUUAGAGGAAGAACAACAACUAACACUCCGACGCCUUAUUGGUGUUACUUCCGAACUUUACCACGAGGCAACCGAUAUCGCAAUAAAGAAGUCCAAUCCUGUUGGUUCUUACUUCGCUGAGAAGGGUUUGCCACGGAGGAAAAGUAAAAAUGUAUAA